GAGUCUGUCAUGCUGCUGCCAGGCCCCUAAUCUGCCAUGGGGCCCCUAUAUACCGCCUCCUCAUGCUGCUGCCAGUCCAGAGUCUGUCAUGGUCCCUGUACGGCCUCCCAUUGCUGCUGUCUCUCCAUCGCCACACUCUGCUGCCAUGUGCCACUUUCAGGUCUCUCACACACUGCUGGUGUGUGUUGAAUUUUUUGACAUAGGGUGCUGGCAGAUUACGGCCUCCCAUAGCUGCUGCCAGCCCCUAAUCUGCCAUGGGCCCCUAUAUACCGCCUCCUCAUGCUGCUGCCAAGUCCAGAGUCUGUCAUGGGUCCCUGUACGGCCUCCCAUUGCUGCUGUC